AUGCACGGGAGUUGGAUUAAUAACAAAAUCAAAGAAAAACAAAUUACUGAAUAUAAAUUUGAUGACUUUAAAAAGUUUAAAAAGAUUGGUAGUGGGGCUUAUAGCAGUGUUUUUAAGGCAAUAAUUAGUAAUGAAAAUACCGAGGAAAUAUAUGCAUUAAAAGUUUUUGAGAAUAGCACACUUAUUAGCAAAGAAAUUGAGAAUGAAAGUAAGCAAAGUGAUCGACCAUCUAUUAAUGAAGUAUAUAUUGGAUUAAACAAUAUUAAUGCUUCUUAUCAAGAUAUUCUAUUUACCAAACUUGAUACAUUGGAAUUUAGAAAAUACAUUGAAACUAUUUUUAAUGUAUCUUCAGAAAUUUCAGAACCCAUAAAAUUUAAUGAUAAUAAUGAUAAUGAACAAGACCCCAAGAUUAUCUUUUUAGAUAAACUUUAUCUAACUUUUUAUGAUAAAUUUAACAAAGGACUAUCGGUUCCUAGUACGAUUAAAAAUUACAUAUCUGAGAAUGGCGAAACUGAGGAUAAUAUUUUAAAAUGGUUAUAUCUUAACAAAAAUGAGCCAAAAUAUAUUUGCCUUCGUGGGAUAUUUUAUAUGUGGGGUAUUGGUACAAAAGAAGGAAAAGAAAGUUCUAUGAAUGUUCUUAGUCUAUUCCUUGAUGCAGCGAAUAGAAACGAUGUCGUUGCUCAAUACUUUGCUGGAAGAUGUUACGAAGUUGGCUGGGACGCCAAGAAAAAUAUGAGAGAGGCAAUUAAAUGGUAUCACAAAGCAACUAAAAAUGGAUGUGCUGCAGCAGAACGAAUUCUUGGAGAUUAUUGUUAUAAAUGUCAAGAAUAUUCCAAAGCAUUUACAUUACUUCAAAGCGCAGUUGGAUUUACAUUACUUAAACAAGCUGCUGAUAAAGGAGUACCAAAUUCAUCAUACGAACUUGCCCGAUGUUACGAAUUUGGCAAAGGAACAGUAGAAAACUUCAGUGAAGCACUUAAUUGGUAUCAAAAAGCUACAGAUGAUG